ACAAUUAUUUUUCCUUUAUUAAAUUUGUUGGGUAGAAAAUGACAUCGGAAAGUAAUAGAAAAGAUCCGGCGUGGCAAUAUGCCCAUUUGGUAGAGGAGAAUAAUUUAAACAAGUUCGAGUGUAAUUUUUGUGGUAAAGUAUCAAAUGGAGGUGUUUAUCGGGUGAAACAACACCUCGGGGGAGGUUAUAGGAAUGUCACUGCUUGCCCGAAGUGUCCUUCUCAUGUAAGAGAAGAGAUUAAAGAGUUCACGUCAAAAAAAAAAGACACAAAAAGAAGAAAUGAACAUGUUGCCUGAUUUCGAUGACAUGGACAUGGAAGAUGAAGAUGAAGAUGAAGAUGAAGAUGAAAAUGAUGAUGUCGUUGAGAUCAAUGUCAAUCAACACCGUAAGUUGACAAGUAGUAGCCAAGGUUCAUCCAAAUCCAAAUCCAAAUCAAAAAUGCCAAAGAGAAAAGGGCCUAUGGAUGUUUACUUCACACCCAAUCCUGAAUCAGUGGUGAAAAAUCAAAGAGACCAAGCAAAAGGGAAACAAAUCAAAAUUGAUGCAAAUGACCCUUACAAAAAAGAAAUGAGCUCGGGCAGUACAAAGAUUUGCAAGGUGGAUGUAUGAUGCUGGUAUCCCUUUUAAUGCAGUAAAUUAUGAGAGUUUUGGACCAAUGAUCGAAGCCAUUGGCCAAUAUGGUUCUAGUAUGAAGCCACCGACUUACCAUGAAGUGCGGGUUACCCAACUCAAAAAAGAAGUGAAACAUACUGAAGAUUUGAUGAGGAAUCAUAAAGAGGAUUGUGCAAAAUACGAGUGUUCCAUAAUGGCUGAUGGUUGGACUGAUAAGAGAGGAAGGACAUUGAUUAACUUUUUAGUUAAUUGUCCAAGAGGAACCAUGUUUGUUGAGUCGGUUGAUGCUUCUAGCUAUUCAAAGGAUGGGCAAAAGCUAUUUGAAUUACUAGACAAGUUUGUGGAGAAAGUUGGAAAAGAGAAUGUGGUGCAAGUUAUCACUGAUAGUGCUGCAACUAAUGUGUUGGCGGGGAGGUUUUUGGAAGCUAAGUAUGAACACUUGUAUUGGACACCAUGUGCUGCUCAUUGUUUGGACUUGAUGUUAGAAGACAUUUUCAAGAUACCUAGACUGAAAAAGACAUUUGAAAGGGGUAUUGCAGUACAUGACUACAUUUACAAUCGGCCUACGUUGCUAAACAUGAUGAGGCGCUAUACAAAUUUGAAGAAUUUGAUCAAGCCUGCAAAAACUAGAUUUGCAACUGCCUUUUUGACUUUGUCUAGGAUGCAUCAACAAAAAAACAAUUUGAAAAAGAUGGUCACCUCCGAAGACUGGACCUCAAGCAAAUGGGCAAAGGAGCCACAAGGUAAAAGAAUGGCACAAACUUUGUUGAUGAUAUUCGAAAUCAUUGACAAAAGAUGGGAUGUCCAAUUGCAUCAGCCUUUACAUGCAGCUGCGCAUUUUCUUAACCCAGAAUUCUUUUACCCAAAAGCUUUAGAGGUGCAAAAAGAUCAUGAAGUAAUGAAUGGGUUUUAUGAAUGCAUGCAAAGGUUGGUCUCGGAUGUCAAUGUUCAAGAUUUGAUCACUGAUGAGAUGAGUAUUUAUAUGAAGGCUGAGAGUCUUUUUGGCCAGUCUGUUGCGAUUAGGCAAAGAAAUACAAGAGCACCAGGUAAUAUAUUAUAGAAUCAUAGAGUUCAU